AUGUCUACUACAUGUACUCAAGUCGCCGCGUCCGUUCUUCACGGCGCCAAAGACCUUCGCCAAGAAACACGCGACCUGCCCACGCCGGCUGACGACGAGGUCCAGAUCGCAGUCCAGUCAACAGGUCUCUGUGGCUCUGAUCUCCACUACUUCAACCACUACCGCAAUGGCGACAUUAUCGUGCGCGAGCCGCUCACCCUGGGCCACGAGUCUGCCGGCACAGUCGUGGCCACAGGUGCCUCCGUCACAGACCUCGCCGUCGGGGACCGCGUCGCCCUCGAAGUCGGCUUGUCUUGUGAGCAAUGCGAGUACUGCUGUACGGGGCGGUACAACAUCUGCAAAGGCAUGAAGUUUAGGAGCUCGGCCAAGGCAAACCCUCAUGCGCAGGGCACAUUGCAGGAGAAGAUCAACCACCCCGCAAGAUGGUGUCACAAGCUGCCUCCCGCACUCUCACUCGACCUCGGCGCAUUGAUGGAACCCCUCUCCGUGGCCAUGCAUGCGCGCAACCGCGCUGCUCUCGACCCUUCCACUACAUUACUCGUGCUGGGCGCUGGCGCCGUGGGCCUUCUCGUCGCAGCCGUGUCGCGGGCAGCCGGCCACGAGAAGAUUGUCAUUGCGGAUAUCAACGAGGACCGGCUGGACUUUGCGGUGAACAACGGGUUUGCCGAUGUGAGCGUCGUCGUGCCCAUGGCGAGGCCAGAGACUGUCGAGGACAAGCUGAAAUACGCCAAGGAGGUCGCUGGGCUCGUCGGGGACGCAGAGAUUAGGGGCGAGAAGGUAGGCGAGGUGGGCGCCGUCUACGAGUGCACCGGUGUCGAGACGUGUCUGCAAGCGUCCAUCUACGCGACCAAACCGGGCGGCAGGAUCAUGAUCAUUGGCAUGGGCACACCCGUCCUGACCCUGCCCAUCUCGGCAGCAGCCCUGCGCGAGGUCGAUUUGGUGGGUGUCUUCCGCUAUGCAAACACAUACAAAGAGGUCAUCGCCAUGCUAUCGAAUCCACCCAAGGCGAUGCCAGAUCUCACGAAAAUGGUGACACAGCGGUUCAAGGGCAUGGAGAAGAUUAGCGAGGCCUUUGCUAUGGCUGGCAAGGUCAAGGAUGAUGAGGGAAAUCUGGUCCUCAAGGUCGUAGUGGACAUGUCAUAG